AUAUAUAUUCGAAAAAUAUGUAAGAUUCGAUAAUGAUAAUGCAACGCUAUUUAUUUAAAUUUUAUAAGAUAUGAGAUAUAAUUCUUGGAAAAACACCAUACCAUAUCAAUGAGUCGUCACCAUACCAUAGCAAUGUUCCUAGAAAUGAGACAAAAUAAGAGAAUAACGAAGAAAUCCGAAGAGUAGUUGUAACAUAAUAUAAGGUGGGGAUGAUCACCUAUUUACCUUAAAAACUCUCAUCUCUGGAUCGAGAGAAUUCACUUUUUGAUAAAUCAUCCAGUUUGAUCUUUUCGAGAGAAAAGCCUUCUAUUUCGAAAAUUAUCAUUACAGUUAUUCAUUCUCAAGUUAUACAAAGUGAAAAUUCAGUGAUCUUGAUCAGACGUUUCUCAAGUACUAAACGACAUUCACAAUUUGAUAAUUUCCAAUCUAACGCAGCAACGAUUAAAAUUUUAAACUAUGUCGAUAUACAUCAUUACUGGGAUUCUCGUUUGCAUAAUGUUCAUUAACUCUACAAAGAAAGACUUAACGGAGGCAAAGGCUUCACCAGAGAGACUUCAUAUUCAUCACAGGGGUGUCUAUCGACGGUUCAACGAGAUACAUCAUUUGAUCGAAAAUAAUAAUGAAGAAAAUUUGAAAAAUUUGAUAAAUUUAUUAAUGUUCAACGGUAGCGAUGUUAUGAUAUCAAAGAAUGGGAUAUCGAUCAGAAGAAAACGAACACAUAAGAAAAUUUAUCACAUAGAAGCGGAAAAAUUGCAGAAGACAGCACUCUAUAAUUAUACGAUGGAGCCGCUUGGGGAGAUUUUUGGCAGCUGGAUGUCGCAAUUGUAUCACAUUAAGUGUAUCGAUGCAAAUCUCGGUAUGAAAUGUAAUGGUCCCAAUCAACCUCAUUGUUGCAUACAAACAUAUCAAGAGGUAGAAUUGCCGGAAUACGGAAUGGAAAGAAUUUACACGGGAUACAUAUGUGCACAUCUUUUUUCGAAUAGGAUAAACUCCGAAAUAUUUAAAAUUCAUGAUUAAUAAUUAUCA